AUGGCGAGAUCGCGGCCCCUUUGGAUCGUUUUCGUCUGUCUCUUCGCCACCGCCGCUCUUGGCUUGGAGCUCACUCUCGAUCCAGAUGAACUCGUUAAGGCGCAGCGAGAGAGUCACGGUGGCUUCUACUUUUACGACUCAAAUGGCGCAACACUGAUGUUUAAUCGCAGCCUCUUCGUCUACCGCGAGAACAUUUACGACGGCUGGUCGCGGUGGAGUGAGUGUUCCCCCCAUACCUGCCUCGAACAUCGCUAUCGUCGCUGUGUGGACGACUCCUACACUCAACCGGUCAACUACCUCACCUCCUCUGCCCGCAUCUGCCCCUUCAAGUACAUUGCAGAGGAGAGACCGUGUGAAGACAAGUCCAACUGCAUCAUCAACUCGAAACCGUCAGAAGAACUAACUAGAAUGCAAGAAAAGUGCGGCAUCAGAGGAUCGUUUGAUAAAAAUACUGCAAAGCCCAGCCGUCGAAGAUGGAAAGAUAUGGACGAUGAUGAAGCCGAUGACGCUGAGGCCGAAGAACGUGGCGAGUACGAGUCCGAAAGGCUACCAUAUAGCUUAAAGAUUCUUGGUGGAAAAAGCGCCAAAUCAAAGAGCUGGCCGUGGCAUGUUGGAAUCUACAAAGCAGCCAAUUACAACGCUUCCGAGGGAUUGACUCGCUUGAAGUCUGAAAACAUCAUAUGCGGGGGCACACUGAUUACACCACGAUGGGUUCUGACUGCGGCGCACUGCUUAAAGCCAAUUUUCGGCUCCUCGAAUGCCUUGCCUUUUGGCAUUCCAGCGCCAUUGAACACGGACGAGAUGAAGCCCAUUUUCCUGCUCGUUCGAGCCGGUGACACUGUUCUGGAGGGUACGCGUACUCGAAACGAGCAGGAGAGCGAUCAUGUGGUCGACCUGGUCGUCAUUCAUCCGGAUUGGGUUGCCCAACGUGUUGAUAGUCCAUUCGAUGUAGCUCUGUUGAGACUCGAGACACCUGUGAACAUUGAGAGUGACGGUGCGGGCGUUGCUUGCGUACCCAAAAAUGCAGAUGCAACACCGGCGGAGGACGCAGUUUGCUUCUCCGUUGGCUGGGGUGAGAAAUCUCGACCCAUAAGCAAGCCGCGACGCCGCCGUCCUACCUUCUUUAAUCCCUUCUUCUGGCCUUUUGGUCGUUUGUGGGAACGUCGACCACAGCGACCCACUUCCUUGAAUGAGAUUAGGGUCUCCAUCGACCCACCUGAGAAGUGCUUCCAUCAUGACGAUGAAAAUGAGGCCCAAAUCUGCGCUGGCAGCUCUAAUAAGGGCGUUUGCGCAGGCGACACAGGAGGUGGACUCUUCUGCCGAAAUGAGGAGGAUGGACGGUGGUACGUGUACGGUGUGAUGGGCUCGGGACCCACGCAGUACUGUAAGUCACGUCGUUGGCUCUACAACUCGGUGGGCAGUGUCAUCCAGUGGAUCAACCGCUACGCAGUCUAA